AUUUGCGAAAACCAUAUGUCAUAUGUUUUUCACCGGGAUGCAUACAACUGUCACAGACUGUCAUCACCUGUCACGGUACAAAAACACCUGUCACACGCUGUACCGGACGGAAUCAAAGUAAACUAACCGGCAUUCGGAUUUGGUUGGCGCGAGAGCAGUCGUCGAAAUUUUUCGCUGGUAAUAUCCGUGGACGUAAAAAAAAGCGGUGCAAGUUUCUAGGUAUAGUUGACGUGUAGGGAACGAUGAAUAUUUACAAGUGCACGGAUAGAAAAAUGCAAUGCAUUUGGAAGAUGCUAUCUUCCAAGCGCAUGUUCGCCGAUCAUCUGGAAAUUGCAGAGCUGGGUGCAACACUCAACACCUGCACGGAUAUCGGCCCGGAACCGAAGCCAAAGCUCGUGGCGCUUGGUGCUGGGGGCUUCUUAACGAUUGCUGCAGCUACCCGAAGUUGGUAUUCGUACGGUAUAAGCCGAUGGCAGUUGGCAGCAACAGCCACGGGUGCUCUCCUGCUCGGAGCAGUGGCGUACAACAGGUACUGUUGCCAUGACAACCUGACGAAGGUUACUACGCUUUUAGCGACGCUAAACGCGUUUGACGCUGGGUUGAAAAAGAUGCUGCUGUGCAUCAACGAAAUGGUUUACGGUAACGACCGUAUCGGCUAUAUGCGCGGCAGGGAGGGUCAAAACGAUAUGCUUCUCGCAUGUGUGCGCAACAGCACCAAAGCCAUCUACGAGCUGUACGGCUACGUAAAGACAUUGGAGGCGAAAAUGACGUUGCACGCCGAGUUAGCCAAGAUCUACGACCCGCUGGAAUCGUUGGACGAUUGCGAAAUAUUUCAGCAAACUGUUCUGAAUCAAAGUACAGUAAAGCAAUUUUACAACAUUUUUCUCUACAUGCAAUCUCACUGCUUGAUGCUGCUGACACUCGCCAUCGCUAGCGAUAUGCAGCUCGACGUAGUAAAGAACGAAACGAACAGUCUCGUCACAUGUAUCAAUCAUCUCACCGCAGAGCUGAAAAAGCAGUUUGCACUGAUCUCUUCAUCGCAGGUAGAUAGUUUCGGCAAUACGGUCAACCAAAGCCAGACCGUUCCGAGCGAUCUGCUCUCCGUGAAGCAGCAGUCAUGCGAGCUGACGGCGAAACUGUCGGUGAACGUUCAGCACGCUGUACGGUUGGAUCAAACGAUUCAAUCCAUUGCAAGCAAAGAAUCGUGGCGCGAUCGGUUGCUGCUCGAGGAAACAGCAACCAAUCUCGUCAACUUUCAUUCGUAUUUCAAAACACGCCUCGAUGAAUGUGACCGUUUGAUCAUCUCGAUCAAAAAGUUGCUCUACACCACGAAGGUGCAGGCCAGCACCGUGUACGAGCAAAGCGCACCCUUGCAGUUUGCGGAAGAAGAUUUGUUCGGGAAGCUGCUGCACGAAGAGCGGGAAAGUACACCCAAGGAUGAAUUUUUCCUAAACAUUGGAACCGAGGAGGAAGAGGAAAAGGCAGCAAACGAUUACGCGACCGAGAUGUACAAUCUGCAGCUGGAAGACGAGCAGGUUUCGAAGCGGUUGAUGAAAAAUCGAUUCAAACCCGUGCUGGCACAGCUGCGCGAACGGCUCGUCCCGAUUAAGAAGUCAUUUAAGGAGCGCGAGCGUGUCGCGUUGCAACUGAAGGGUAUUAGUUUGGGGGACGGGACAGAUUCGGCCAACGACGAAGCUGCACCGUUCGUAGUGGACACGGACGAUGACAGUGAGUGUGUGGAAAUGGCAGUUAAGUGUGAGUACAGACGCAGCCAAAACAAGUACAAAGAAGAUCGUGAUUUUCUUGCUAGCAAAUCUCAGUUUUCGCUCUUUGCCAACCCACCUUCCGUGGCUGUACCGCUGGAGGAAAGCAUUUUGGAGUAGCAGAUUGUACUGGUUGGGUUAGAAUUAAUCGAAUUAUUAUUACAUCGAACCUGGUAUAGAUAAUAUUAUUUAUUACCUUUAGGUUUAGUUUUCAUGACAGCUUUAUUACACUAAAUACUAAUAAUAAUUGUUGAAUGAAUCAGCCGCAUAAUUCGGCGCGUAAUGACUUGUGAUCAAAAUUAAUAAUAAAAUCACUAUUUUCAGUAUUA